GAGAGAGAGAGAGAGAGAGAGAUUUGGACAUUCAUGCCUUUGUAGGUUCUAUUGGAGGAGUUGAAGGAAUCAAUGGAAGCAUUCGAAAGGAGCUCCCUUCUUGUACCUUGUGUCCAAGAACUGGCCAAAGAAUCACCGACCGUAGUCCCAGCCCGAUAUAUUCGGCCUGAUCAAGACCCUCCGAUAACAUCAUAUUCUUCGCUUCCCGAUGUCCCCAUAAUCGACUUGGAGAAAUUGCUUUCUGGAGAUCAAAUGGAAUUGAAGAAGCUGGACUCUGCAUGCAAAGAGUGGGGAUUCUUCCAGUUAAUAAACCAUGGAGUGAGCUCUGCACUACUGGAGAAAGCGAAAAUGGAGAUCAAAGAAUUCUUCAACCUCCCGAUGGAAGAAAAGAAGAAAUUCUGGCAGGAUUCAAAAGAUUACGAAGGAUUUGGGCAGGCCUUUGUUUUUUCUGAGGAGCAGAAGCUCGAUUGGGCAGACAUGUUUGCCUUGACUACACUUCCAACCCAUUUGAGAAAACCCCACCUUUUUCCCAAGCUCCCACUCCCCUUCAGAGAUACCUUGGACAAUUAUGCUAAUGAGUUGAAACAUCUCGCCAUGAAGAUUCUAGAUUUCAUUUCCAAAGCUCUGAAAAUGAAGACAGAGGAGAUGAGAGACUUGUUUAAAGACGGGAGGCAAGCAAUGAGGAUGAAUUAUUAUCCUCCAUGCCCACAACCAGAGAAGGUCAUUGGUCUCACUCCACACUCAGAUUCCGUUGGCCUCACCAUCCUCCUCCAAAUCAAUGAAGUGGAAGGUCUACAAAUCAGGAAAGACGGGAUGUGGGUUCCCGUUAAACCCCUCCCUGAAACCUUUGUGGUCAACAUUGGGGACAUUCUAGAGAUUGUCACCAACGGAGCUUAUCAUAGCAUCGAGCAUCGAGCGGUAGUGAACUCUGGGAAGGAGAGGCUGUCAAUCGCAACAGCUUACAGCCCUGGAUACGACGAAGAAAUGGGCCCUGCGCCGAGUAUGGUUACCCCACAAACUCCUGCACUUUUUAGAAGAAUUAGGGUUGCCGAGUAUUUCAAAGGCUUAUUCGCUCGAAAGCUUGAUGGGAAAUCAUAUCGCGAUGCCAUGAGGAUUCAAAAUCAGAGCCAGGACAGCUGA